UCCGGCCGGGCCGGCGCGGGGGAGCUCCGGAGCCGCGGAGGCUCAGCGCGGCCGCCGCCAUGCCCGGCAUUGACAAACUGCCCAUCGAGGAGACGCUGGAGGACAGCCCGCAGACCCGCUCUUUGCUGGGAGUAUUUGAAGAAGAUGCUGCUGCAAUAUCCAAUUACAUCAAUCAGUUGUUUCAAGCCAUGCACAGAAUAUAUGAUGCUCAGAAUGAAUUAAGUGCAGCAACUCAUCUGACAUCAAAGCUUCUGAAGGAAUAUGAGAAACAGCGUUUUCCGCUCGGGGGAGAUGAUGAAGUCAUGACUUCCACUCUGCAGCAAUUUGCAAAAGUGAUUGAUGAGCUCAGCUCUUGCCAUGCAGUACUUUCAACUCAGCUUGCGGAUGCAAUGAUGUUUCCUAUUACCCAGUUUAAAGAAAGGGAUCUCAAAGAGAUAUUAACUCUAAAAGAAGUUUUCCAAAUUGCAAGCAAUGACCAUGAUGCUGCCAUUACCAGAUACAGUCGGUUGUCAAAAAGAAAGGAAAAUGAAAAGAUCAAGGCUGAAGUCACAGAAGAUGUAUAUACUUCAAGGAAAAAACAGCAUCAGACUAUGAUGCAUUAUUUCUGUGCAUUAAAUACUCUCCAGUACAAAAAGAAAAUUUCUCUGCUGGAACCCUUGCUAGGAUACAUGCAAGCUCAGAUAAGCUUUUUUAAAAUGGGUUCAGAAAAUCUUACUGAGCAACUGGAAGAAUUUUUGACCAAUAUUGGCACAAGUGUACAGAAUGUUCGCAGGGAAAUGGAUUGUGAAGUAGAAAACAUGCAACAAACUAUAGAAGACUUGGAAGUAGCCAGUGAUCCACUGUAUUUGCCUGAUCCUGAUCCUACAAAAUUUCCUGCUCAUAGGAAUCUAACACGGAAAGCUGGCUAUCUCAAUGCAAGAAAUAAGACAGGGCUGGUGUCUUCCAGUUGGGAGAGACAGUUUUACUUCACUCAAGGUGGAAAUCUGAUGAGCCAGGCAAGAGGUGAUGUGGCUGGGGGACUUGUCAUGGACAUAGACAAUUGCUCUGUGAUGGCUGUGGACUGUGAGGACAGACGAUAUUGUUUUCAGAUAACAUCUUUUGAUGGCAAAAAGUCUUCAAUCUUACAGGCAGAAAGUAAAAAAGAUUAUGAAGAGUGGAUAUGCACCAUAAACAACAUCUCUAAGCAGAUAUAUCUAAGUGAAAACCCAGAGGAAAUUGCUGCCCGUGUGAACCAGUCAGCUCUGGAGGCUGUCACCCCUUCUCCUUCCUUUCAGCAGAGGCACGAGAGCAUGAGGCCAGCUGUACAAUCUCGUCCUCCUGCAGCUCGUACCAGCAGCACAGGGUCACUGGGAUCUGACUCAACAGCUCUCUCAGCACUUUCCUUGGAUUCCCUUGUUGCCCCUGAUACUCCCAUCCAAUUUGACAUAAUAUCUCCAGUCAGUGAAGAUCUGCCUGGCCAAGCAAAAUCAUCAGGGCAAUCGGGCAGACGCACAAAUCCUUUUGGUGAAUCUGGAGGCUCAAAACCUGAAACAGAAGAUUCAAUUCUUCAUCAGUUAUUUAUUGUAAGAUUUCUUGGCUCUAUGGAAGUGAAGUCUGAUGAAAGCCCAGAUGUUGUUUAUGAAACAAUGCGUCAAAUACUCGCAGCUCGUGCCAUCCAUAACGUUUUCAGGAUGACAGAAUCACACUUGUUAGUCACUUGUGACUGUUUAAAGUUAAUUGAUCCACAGACACAAGUUACAAGACUACGAUUUCCUUUGCCCAAUGUAGUGCUGUAUGCUACACACCAGGAGAAUAAGCGCCUGUUUGGAUUUGUGCUUAGAACCUCAGGAGGGAGAGUGGAGAGCCGCCAGACUUCCAUCUGCUACAUAUUUGAAUCAAAUAAUGAAGGGGAAAAGAUUUGUGACUCUGUUGGACUGGCCAAACAGAUAGCUUUUCAUGCAGAACUGGAUCGAAAAGCCUCAGAAAAGCAGAAAGAAAUAGAUAGAGUCAAAGAGAAACAGCAAAAAGAACUGAAUAAACAAAAGCAAAUUGAGAAGGACUUGGAGGAGCAGAGCCGGUUGAUAGCAGCUUCCAGCAGAUCCAACCAGAGCAGCACAGAAGGACAGUUUGUAGUCCUUAGCAGCAGCCAGUCAGAAGACAGUGAUUUAGGAGAAGAUGGAAAGAAGAAGAGAGAAUCUGAAGCCUAACGUGGCCUGCUUCAUUAAAAUUGGAAUCAUGAAUCUAUCUGGUGAAAUGGCACAAGUUCUACAAGAGGUGAAAUGUAGGUGGAGGGUCUGUCACAUUACAGAAAAGACUUCACAAUAUAUAGACCCUAUUCCACCUUGAUUCUUCUUUCUCAGUUAAGUGAUUUCCAUUUCCUGUCAGUAUAAUUUCUCUUGUAUGCCAGAUGAAGCAUUGUGAUGCUACCAUGUUUAUUACAAACUUAUGUUUUCUCAAGGCUUCUCUGCAGUAUGUAAAAAAAUGUGGGGGUUUUCCCCACAUAACUCUGUGCAAUUGACUGCUUUGGAAGCAAAACUGAAAACUCAUUGGCUUUCCACAGUACCACUGAAAUUUGUUUUUUAAACUGCAGUAUGGAGAACACCUUGCUGCAAACAAAAGUGGAUGUCCAAAUAAGACAGUGCUAAUCUUUACCCAGUUUGUUGCACAUACCUGUUCUUAGAUUUAGAAAGAAGGAUCCCCAUUAACAUCACUGAGAUGUGCAAUAGUUCUAAACAAAAGAUCUUUUUUGUUUCAUUUUGCACGGUAUGAUACUGUCCCAAUUUUUUUUCUUUUUUUUGUGAAUACAACACCAAAAUCUUCUUUCAGCAGGAGAAAAAGAUACUGUCAGACCUAGAUAAGCACUGGUGAGAUGCAGUUGAACUUUACUGCAUAAUCUCAAAUUAUAAGAGUAAUGUAUAUAGCCUUGUAGCACAAGUGCCACGUUCUUGGUUUUUGCUCAGUACUUGGAAUAAAAAGCUAUAAACCUUUGAGUUCAUUUUUAUAAAACAUGCUUAGAGUUGCAGGAACAUCUUGAAUUCCAUCAUAUGAAAAAUCUUCUGCAUAUGUAAAUGCCUUGCUGCUAGUACACUAGAUCUACUGAAAAUCAGUUGAGGCUCUUCUAUGAUUUUGUGAACAGAAUUUACCAGUUCUGAAGUAAGAGAUGACACUAAUCCUACAUCCUAGAGUCAAUUCUGGAAAGCAUUUUUCAAAGUGGUGUCUGUUUACAGCUUGUAAUCUGCACUCCAUAUUCCAUACCCUGUGUAAUAUUUAUUUUGUAUAGUAUUAGAUGUGCAUUCACCUUUUGAUCCAGAAGAGAAAUCUUGUUUGAGGAGAAAUAUUUAUUUUUGCACUAAUGACUAUAAAUAUUAAAAUCCAGAGAAAACAGAAGAUAGGUCUCUAAUAGUGGCAUGAAAAUAAGAGGAUAGGUAGAGAGAAAAGAAUAUACUUAUAUUCCAAGUUAUAAUAUAACAAUUAUGAGUGAUUUACAGAUCAUUGCAGGGCAUUUCUGGUGUUCAGGAAUGGAAGCAAUUUCAGAGUAUCUCCUCAGCAGCUGGUGGUGGUCCAGCCCUUUGUAGCUGGAGUUGCUCAGUGCUGAUAAAGUAAGUGAGGAAUCUCAGGUCAUGUCUUCUGGAUGGCUGUAUGCACAGAGGGCUCUUCUAACUCAUGGGAGUGCCCUACAUUGGCCAAAGCUGGCAACCUCCUCCUGCCCUUGGUGCUGGACAUGUGACUUUGUGUGCAGGAGUUGGUGGCCUCAGCUCCUGUCGCAGGAGAGAAGGGCAGCAGUGCCUGCCCUUGCAGCCCUGGGCAGGAGCAGAGGUAGCUGGAGCUGCAGAAGCUCUGGGCAGAGGUUGCACCAGAGCCUGGGCAGGAGCUUGAGCAGCCACCAAAGGGCUCUGCCUUGAAAAGGAGUGGGAGAGGCUGAGGAACAGAAAGCCACCAGGUUCUCUUCCUGAAUUAGUUACCAGGUCCUGUUCCAGUGUGUUUUUCAUCCCCAGAGUAGCCAGGCACUUGUAGAAAGAUCUGCUUUUGCUGUUGCCCAGUUAAGUCACACAGUAUUGCCCUGUGGCUGGAUUUGGCUGGCAGUGCCAGAUGGACCACACCAACAUGAGGCUUCUUUUAAAAGACAGUGGCAUCUUAAUUUCAUAUCUAGGCUUCCAUUCUCAGUUCCCAUUUUUAAGAGACUGUUUUUAUUACUGUCAACAAAAAUGUACAGAGAGGCACCAAAUCCAUUUUUUUUCCCUUUUUGUGCUUAAAUCAAGGCUUACAAGAGAGUGGCAAGGCAGUUUGUUGUGCAAAUUAUUCCAGUUCAUGUUUGUUUGUUUGUGUUUGUUUGUUUUUCUUUACUGAUACUUGUUUUCUAUCAAAUCAUAUCACAGGGUAGGUCAAAGUUACUAUGUCUUGUAUCUAUCUCAAGUAUUUACUGAGGAUGAAGCAGUUUGGAAACAGCACAGGGAGCCUCUGAACCCAGUGAUCUCUGUGUCUAGAAUCCAGUCCUCAGCUUGUCAGAGAAGGACUGAUUGUGUUAAGCACUGGACCUGAGUAGCUCAGGCUCUAGAGGGAGGACAGAUAAUAGACAAGCACUCUUGCGAAAAAGCAGUUCUGAUGUGGAGCCUGUUUUGCAUUAGCCUUAUUGAAGAAAUGUCAGAAAAUGGAAUUACUGUAUUUUUCUCAAAAACUACCAUUACUCAUGUAGCUAUAAACCUGCAGAGAUGAGGAGGAAAGGCUAAUAAAGUUGGCAGGUGAAUUUACUGUCAAAUGGGAUUUUUUUUUUAAUUUAGCAAUAAAUAAUGUAAUUAUUCCAUUUGCUUUUCAGACUUUCCAUUUAUGCCAUUACAUAUAGUUCUCUAAAACAGAGUAGGAAUUACAUUUUACUUACUUUGGAUGAUUCUCACAUCUUAACCACUAGAAGUUUGAUAUACAUGAAUGAAAGGUAGGGGUUGUUUGUUUGCUUAUUCAGGGGAGUUUCAUUAGUGUAAAAUGAGCAAGCAUGUGGGACGAUGAUGAUGAAAGCUGCAAGAGUAAAGAGCAUGUCAGCAGAGCUGGGGAAGUCAGGAAUGGUGAUUGUGUUAGCAGGGGUGAGAAUUACUGAGCUUUGCCUAGGCAGGAUCACACAGGUUGUAAUUAGAACUAUCUCAAGGCAAAAACAGCUGCUGAGGUUUUCUCCAUGCCCUUCUUCCCAAAAGGAAAAGCUAUUUGGUACCUUUUUUCCUAUAAGGUUUAGAACUACUUCACUAGAAAACAGCUGUGUUAAAAAAAAUAUCAGAAUGAUGCUUGAUAUUUUCCUUGAGAGUAUAUAACUUUUAGUGGGAACACCUCAUGGUCUGCUGGGAACUGCUGUGGUAGGAUUUUACCACUGGAGUAUUUUAUUAUUGUAACUAAAAUACUGGAUGGUUUCCUUUCCUAAUUUACAGGAUAUUAAAUAAAUUCAUUUAUUAUUUCCUAUUGCCUUCUAUUCACAAACUGAUCUUUCAAUCUAUAAUUUGCUUCAUGUGUGUCUACUAUGACUUCAGUCACUCCUGAAAAUAUUCUUUCAAGUCCAUGAUUUUCAAGUGACUUAAUGUAGGUACUGAAUUGGCAGUGUUGUUCAGGACUAACUUGUUAUGUUGCUAAUUGCAGCUUCAUAAUUACUGCCAAACUUUUAUCCCUUAAGUAAGAGGAUAUGAAGCUUGUUACACUGUGCAGAUCUACAGACCAAGCCAGUCUUGCUGUCAGCUGUUUCAAGCUACAUACAUUCUUUAUGUAUGUAAUGGCAUGAGGACAAGGUCAAAGUUAUGUACUACUUAAACAUAUCUAACUGGAUAUGAUCAGGUGGUGAAAAGUCAGUGCAUGUCACAGUCUUACUUCCUUAAUCUGUUUGAGUUUGAAAUUGUAUCAAGACAAUUUACUGUCUAACAGUAAAGUAAUAUUUCAGAGUUAAGAAACAUUCCCCUUCUAGAGGGCUGUCAGAUUUUCUCUGUACAUGGAUGUAAACCCAGAGCUGAAAAUUGUGAAACAGCUGAUGCAAUUUUUGAAGCUGUAAUUGAUGUACAUGGAUAUAAAGAAAUAAACUUGACUGUUUAAGGUAAAUUCUGUCUAUGCUUAAAACAGAGGUAAAUUCUGAUUAAUUAGUUGCACAGCAUUUCGGACAAGCCAAUGGUGAAAACUAUGCUACAAUAUAGUCUCUUAUUUAGGAAGUAGUUCACCUAGAGAAAGAAAACUGCCACUGCUUAGUGAAUUUAGUAGAGAUAUUGUCUAGUGUAACAGCAAAAGCUGAUACUUUAUAUUCUUUCUCUUGCUCUAUAAUGCAGAAAUUCUUGCCAGGUAAUUAGUCCCCAAGGCUUUUUGUUUUAAGUAAGCACUAAGUUGACAUUUUUUUCCCUGCCACUGUGGUAUCUAAGUUGUCAUGACACAAGUAAGUCAGUGUAUCAUUGUGAAUGCACUUGUAUUCCUAAUGAAGUUUAUAUUGCAAGCCGAGGAUUUUGUACAAUCUUUCUGGUCAUUUUUAUAAGAGUGCAGUGGUCAAAUUCUUAUGAUGGUGUUCUGGAUUGGUCCUGUUCUGGUGAAGUGUAAGUGAUUUUUGCAGUGUUUGAGACUGACUUGCACAUUUUCUCUGAAUAGCUGUAUUAAGAACAACCAAUGGCAUAUUUAUGUCAACUCUAAUUGUUGUGUCUUAAUCUUGGAAACAUGGAUAGUAACCCUAUUGUGCAGGGCUCCAGUCAGCAUUUUAUAUUUUAAAUAAAAGCUUAAUUACAGUAACUUUCUAAGUGGGACUUGUAUUGAUGCAAAAGCUUCCUGCAUUCUUCAUCACACUGACUUUCAGGAAGUACCAUUAUUGGUUACAGGAUGUAUUCCCUUCCAUUUCUGACACACAGGUAUAACCCUCCAUUGUCAAGUGUAGCUCAGUUCUCUUAAUUUUUAUAGUAUGAGCCAGAUAACCUCAGAGGAAGUUGUUACACUUGGGAAUGCUCUAAACUUAUUUUUGCAACAAUCAGAAGGUGAGCAGGAGCUGUGGCAGCUGGCUGGGCAGGGCCCAUGGUGGUGCAGGGAGAUGGGGCAGUGAGGGCUCUGCAAAACAAACUGGGUGCAGAGGCUCUACCAGCACAACCACUACCAUGGGCACUGGACAUAUCUUCACAGGCUGAGUUAGUUAUGGGAUAAACACCAUGUAAAAAACCAUGGGCCAUAACCACAUUAUGGUUAAAUUUGUAUUUUAUAAGGUUUGUAGAUUUUUCUGGGGAAAAGCAGAUUUUUGAAUUAUGUAACUUCUGUGAUAAAGAUGCAUGUAUAACUAGUAAAAAACAUCUAUGCUUACUUGAUUAUGAAGGAAUAAAUACUACUAAUGCCAAA